AAUACCAUAAAAAACGUAUAAUCCAAUCACAGCAGUGAAGAAGACACAGUGACAACAAAAGUAAACAUGUGCACCAAACUCAGCAAACCUACCCCACCCCACGGUAGCUAGAGGUUUCAACCCACCGAAUAACCACCGCGCGUGAACUACCCCCCAAAUCCAACACACAGUAGUAAACAACACCACCCCCGACAUAACAGCAAAAUAAUAGCAUCCGAACCAGACAAAUGUACGCCAGGGUGGUGCCAACGAAAGAGAACCAAAGCUUUAGUGUGGCCUGCAAUGACUGGUCGGGGUUGGUUGUUAAGGGCAGCACCAGAGGAGGAGAAAGAAACGGACGGCGGCGAAGAAGCAAAUCGAGAACAACAGAGAGGACGACGACGCCGGUGCUGGUGGAUGCAAAAUUUAAUUUAAUACCGAACAAAGCACCGCGAGCAACGAGUACGGCCAGAAACAGCUGGAUCAGCAGCAGAAGGAGUCGAGGAAUAACGAUGAGGAACUUCAUCGGAAUGCUUUUGGGAUUACUUACAAUAUCAGAAUCCCUAGCGCUGCGUCUAACCACGGUCCGCAUCCCAACGUACAAGAUGCGCGGAGAAUCUGCCCUGCUCGAGUGCCAGUACGAACUCAACGCUCGCCAGCAGUCCCACAGCAGCGGUCGUGGUCACCACAGCGGCGGCGGCCACAACCAACAUCACCAAUCGUCACGUGGCCGCACACGGAACGACUCCUUCGGGGGUUUCAAGUACGCGUACCACGACGAUUAUUACGCAGACACCGACGGCGGCGGCGGCGGCACUGAAGAGCGGUUGUACUCCAUCAAGUGGUACAAGGACAACGAGGAGUUUUACCGGUACGUGCCGUCGGCCGUGCAGCCCAUCAAGAGCUACAAAAUCGACGGCAUUCGGGUCGAUCCGAACCACUCGGACGGCUCGAAGGUCCAGCUGCGGGGGUUGACCCUCAAAUCGUCCGGCGUGUACCGGUGCGAGAUAUCGGCCGAGGCGCCCAACUUCGACUCGGUCCAAGGUGAAGGCCGAAUGGAUGUGAUAUAUGUCCCCCGGGAAGGGCCGCACAUCAACGGCAGCGAGCGGCGGUCGUACCACAUCGGCGAAACGAUAGAACUCAACUGUACCUCCGGCCGGUCCUAUCCGGCGUCGACGCUCCAGUGGCACCUCAACGACCAGCCCGUCACGGACCCGGCCAGCAUCGUGCAGUACCCGCGGGUGGUCAAUCAGCACGGGUUGAUUACGAGCUACCUCGGGCUCAGCAUGGUGGUCCAGCCCCAGCACUACAUCGACGGCCUGAUGCGGAUCAAAUGCGUGGCCAGUCUGUCGCCGGUGCUGUGGCGGAACGGCAAGGAAAGCAUCGUCCAGUGGGAACAACCCGGCCUCGAUAAUCGAGUGGCCAUGCUGCUCGUGAAAAGUGGCUCACCUAGCUGCCUGGUCAGCAUGACACUGCUGGUUCUUUGCACCGUCGGUGGUUCCCUCGCAACCAUCAUCAGUCAGGGACACCGCCACCGCCACCACCUUCUUCAGCUGAUGGUCCUGCAGUAGCGCGGCCAUGACACCAAGAGGACGGCGCCAACUUGAGCAACGAACACCAGCCAGCCAGCAAUUCCAGUGCUAGAGUUGAAAUUAUGAGACACUCUCCGGUGACGCAGGGAAGCCCGCGACAAAAAACGAAAGGACGAAAGUUUUGCGAAACUAUAUCAAAAGUAGUGUUAGUAGGACGGGUGAGUGAAAGAGAAAGAGCGAGAGCGAAAUAUAAAGCUAAGGGGAGACACUUGAGAAAGUAUAAAUAUUGUAUUUAACGAGCUAGAGCGAAAAACGCCACGAACGAAAGAGAGAUGGCAGUGAUUUACUUGAUUGUAUUUAUAGCCGAGACCGUUGACAGCGAAGGAAAAUAGCUUCUUCCAAGUUUAGUUUUGUGAUUAAGUUUUUGUUCCGUUUUUGUAGCAGCAGCAGCAGAAGCUUCAAAAGUGUCGAGGGAAGCUCUGUAGAAAAUUGUGAAUUAAAACUGCACUGUACAUACAACUAGGGGCAAUUUUCGCAGUAGGACGUUGAAAGAUCAACAGAGUGAUUGUAAAUUUACUAAUUUUGUACAUAAAAGUUAGCUGGGAAUAAUUACUAGAAUAAAAUUUCCGCUUGAACCUAC